CCUCAGGUAAGACCUGGAUAUGUAUACUUUAUAUAUGCAUUCGUUAAGCUUAAAAGAGCUUGCAAUAUUCCUACUGUAAUAAUAUUAGAAAUAUUUCAACUAUACUAUCGCACAAACCUAUAAAUGUGAAAAAUUAUGAAGGUGGCUUUACAAAAAAGCAACCUCUCUUAGAACAACAACUUGAAAACAGCUUCACAGAAUUAGCAUUAAAGAAGGUAAGAACUACCAAGGUGUUAUCGAUAUAUCCAAAAGUGACAAUGCUCCCAAUGAGAUUGCAAAUUCAAAAUACGAUAUAGCUAUGUGUGAUUUGGCAAAAAGUUGCAAGUGGCUUCGUGAGAUCCUCUCUUGACGUAUUUUCUUUGCUAAACGUCGAUAUCGCACAUAUAACAACAUAUACUACUCUGCACGCCCAUAUAUUACGUCAGUCUCUCGGUGUCACGAAAGUAAGGCAGAUCAGAAAAUUCAUCUUUCCGUCGCGAGCAUAUUAUUGACGAUUAUCGAACGCCAAGACGGUCUAUCUUUUACAAGAUGCAUAUACAUAUGUAACGUGUAUCCGCAAUAACACCUAUCGCGUUUGACUUCCGAAUAACGGUUCCUGUUUUCUUCGAUUGUUCACGCGCCGCCCAAGUAAAUCCCCCCCUUCCCCGCUCUCUCGGCGCGAACGAACGUGACUGUACAAAGUCCGUAAUUCCUCAUUCGCGCCGAAUCCGAGACUUCGACCGCGAGAAGCGAUUAAAACUCAGCAAAUGAAGUUCAAUGCCGCGCGGUUAAUUCGACGGCGCGUGGAGCCGCGCGCGCGGAACUGAGACGCGACCAGACGUCAUUACCUUCUCGCGUUUCUUUUUUCUUCCCUACCGCGGACCGUUCCCUGUCGAACGGCCCGCGGAAAGUUAAGAGAGCGCGAAGGAAACGCUUCUCCCGUCACGUGUUAUCGCGCUUACUUUGUUAUCCAUUAUCCGUGCAGUACAAUAAACCUCCUCGGCCGAGAGCGUUGCAUUUCGACGCGACUAAUCGCACCUCCGUCGGCCGGGAGGCCUCCUCGUCCGGAUUAGAGACAUGCAGAUCGAUCUCCGAUACUGACCCAUUGCGGAAUAAAGCGAAGCCCGUGAUCGGUAGAGGCACGAGGAAAACCGCGCUUGUGCGCGAGCUCAGUGCGGGCGCGUUAGUAUACGUUGAUAGAUCUCUCCGGCGAUUGUACGACCUCUCAAGAAGGCACGAAAAAAACUGAUCGAUUGGCGAAACGGGCCGUCGGCUUUAAUCGCUAAUCCGAACUACGAUUGAACGAAAGUAUUCGACUGACGCGGCGCUAAACUGAUCAGUGAGGAUACUAAAAAGCGGUACGCUGAUAACAGCCGGUGUGUACGGCCGAAACCGCGGCCUGAGACGUGUUGCAAACAUCUGGAAAAUAUUUCAGAGUACCGUGGGAUAAUAGCACGAUAAACGACGCCCCCCGAGAAGUCGGAUCUCCGCGUACGUGUCGUGCGGCGAAGGUGCGCGGCGGGUUCAAGUCUAACGUCCCAGUAAUUGCGGUCGUCCGCGGCGUCGUCGCUGUCAGUGCCCAUUUGCCUAUCAGUGCACCGGAUAUGCACGGUCGCAUCGCGAUAUGCCGAAGGAACUGAUCCGCCGUGGAAGCGUUAUGCAUACGUUUCGUAACGUCGACACCCGCCGUAGCGAUCGGUGCCCGCUGCGAUAAAAUCGGCGUUGUGUCGAGGCAAAGACAUACGAACGACCGUCACGACGGGCGAGAUCAGUGGACUCGGAUGUAUCUGGAGAAGAGGGGAAGAAGGGACGAAGAGCAACAGCACAGCGGCCGGUCCAACGUGGCGCCGCGCGAAUCGUCGUCACGAUUUUCGGCGAAAUCCUCGUGACACAGCCCGAUAACGCCGUGGGUGAUGAAAAUAGUCACGCCAUGCUCGCCGAUAGCAAUAAUAGCAACCAAAUUAACGAUAAUAUUAGCGGUAAAAUACCGGUGAUAGUCGCGACGAUAAAAACCAGUAAUAAACGAUACACACGAUGCGUCGUGGCGAAAGGAGAUAUCGCGACGGUCGGCCUCGAAAUUAGAUAAAUACGCAACAACAAUAGUCAGCCGCCGGUGAAUAAGCGACAACGAUUGGUCGAAUUAUUGGCAAACCAGCGAGACGUUCGCUUGAAACGACGGAAGGAUAAACAAACGGCGUGAUAACGUCACCACUUAUUCUCACUACGAGAGAAUAUCCCGCAGGAUGUUGUGCUCACCGGCGUUCACCAACCGGGCCUGCCUGGCUCUGCUACUGCUGUCGCUGCUGUACUUCCUCGGGAUGGACCUGCUGCUCUACCUCAGGACGCAGAAUUACGACGUACGGCCGCGCACGAACAACGACACGCGGCAAACCGGCGCGGCGUACCACUCGCCGAUCUUGUGCGAGUUGGAUCCGAUUUGCAUGGUAACGGUGAAGGCGUUAAUGUUGGACCACCCGAACCACUUCAUCCUCAGCCCCCUGGCGUCCUUGGUGGACCACCUGCUGGGCAUCAGCCACUGUUGGACGUGGCUGUCGCCGAACGCCAUCAGCGCUUUCCACGUGCUGGUCGCCGUAAUCGGCGCCCGCUUCGUCACGCGAAGUUCCCUCGCUUACCGUCGGCUGGGGCUGCUUCUGUUCCAAGUGAGAGCCUGGUUGGACAACCUGGACGGCCACGUCGCCAGGCAGAGGCGUAACAUCGAGGGUGAGCGAUCGGACGUCGGCUCCAUCGGCUACCUGGUGGAUGGGGUCGCCGACGGACUCGGCUGCAUCGCGCUCGUCGUCGCGGUGUUCUUCCUCCUGAAGCGCAACACCAAUCGUCGCGCCGGCUACGAGCGGCUGUCCGCGAGCCGCAAGCUCAUCGCGUCGAGCCAGCGCGACAACGGCGGCCUCUCGAGCAAGAUCUCCUUCUGGAAUUCACCCUUGUACCAUGUGCUGCUGGUGGGCGUGCACUUCCUGCUGACGAGCGCUGCGUGGAACCGCUACAUAUCCGUGUACCAGGACCUCCUCGAGACCGACGACAGACCUCCCCUGGUCACCAAGGAGCAGUUCUACGCCAAGCAGACCGCCGUCCUUAGAAGCCCCCUCUUUUGGGCGGUCGCUCUCGGCUGGAAGAUGCUCAACUUCCACGCGGUCAUGGAUUACAUGCAACUGGCGAUAUUCCUCGACCGCAUCUGGGAAUACAUCAGGCUCGUGCGGUGGCCAGCUUACGUUAUCCUGCUGCUACUUAUGUUUAUUAGCGAACUUCACUACUUACAUGUCUACACUUACGUGCAAAGCAUACCGCCGGUCACCAAUGUUUAUACGUUCCUCGUGAACACGCUUGCCGCCCAGUGAUGGCCAGUCCGGUUUUCCACUGUUAAAUGUACCUCGAUUCGGUAGCUCAUCGCCAAACUGCCUUCCAAACCUCCCUUCUCGAGAUUUCCUCAACUUUUUCGUGCUUUCAGCAAGUACUUUUUUCGUAUUUUUCAUCGAUUCGCACACGAUCGACGUUCUUCAAAUAAUAUUGAGAUUCGAGACAGUUUGGAAGUAAGUUCUGCGAUUAUUAUAUUUCCGUGAAACUAAUGUUGUGAUGACUGUUGUGAUGAUUGUGACUUUUUUUUUAACUCGAGUAUGUCGGUGACAUUAAAAUUGUAAAUUUUUUUUUGCGAUAAUAUCGAAACAAGGUGUACGCAUAUUCUUGAAAGCAUGAUAUUAAACUUUUCUUAAUUGAAAACAAAUUUGUUAGUUAACUUGCUAUUUGAAUUAACAUGUUUAGCAGCUCUAAUGAUGAUAGACGUCGCAAUUAUUAAUAGAUAAUGCAUAUUUUUACGAAAAAUAACAAAUCAGUAUUAUUAAAUCGAGGAAAACUACGGGCAGGAAAUGACAGAAUUUUGGAAAAUGACUGCUAUGACUUUCUAUGUUUUCUUCCGAGCCGCUUAAUGUGUUAAUGAGCAAGUACAAAACUAACGUUUUAUCUGUUAGGUAUUUUGUGUUCUUGAUUUUAUAGUUGUUAAUGUUAUAAUUUAUAAAUGAUAUAUUUAUGACAUCAUUUUC